AUUUGUAGUUUUUCCGUCAAAAACACAUGUACCCUAUUGUCAAAAAAAACACAUGUACCCUUACGUUCUUAUGUUGUACGCAGCUUUUCCAAUCGCAAACUACCCUUACGGCGUUAGUUCUUCCUCUGUAUUAGGGUGACUAUCAUCCGCGUCAAUUCUCUUCCUCUUGUCCAGCACCUCGUCUUCCCGAUGAAAUAUGUGUAAUUGCCGCCUGUCCCUCAGCAAUCGAUUAGAAUCGUUGUGAUUGGAAUUGCCAGCAUAAUCAACCCUGGAUUUACGGAAUUCCUGGCGAUGCAUCAGGAAGUCAGCAAACAAAUUUGUAAUAACAAACUAAUUCUAGCAAGUAUGCAGAUUUGCAGAAGGAUUAAUUUUCACCUACAGGUACGGCCAAACCUGCAACAGCUUGGAGAAUCAUUCUUCAGAUUAUGGGUUACAAGAUUUACACUUACGAAAUGCAUUCAAGUUAUGCGGCAAGGAUUGAGAAUUAGUGAAGCUAUGACACAAUUAGCAAAGAUAUUAUUCAGAGAUGGACCUAUCCAUUGGUGCCUGAUGUCCCUUUCUUUGGAAAUUCUGCUUCUAAACUUGAAAGGCGUGGAAUGUAUCCCGCAUCAGAUUUUCUCUUCCUAUAAUUUGGUCUGUGCAGAGAUUAAGAGUCCAAAAAAGGUGAAACUUUGCGCUGCAGUGGGCUGUUUUGAGCCAAUUUUGUUACUUUACAGUCUGGUUGCUAAGAUUGUCGUGAUGGACCAAGGUACAACUUCAAACUCAGUUCCCCAAGAUGAUUCGAUUGAUAAGUCAAAGAUAUUGGAUAUUAAGCACAUGAGGAGCUUAAUUCCAGUCUUUCCAUCAGCAAACGGGAUGUCAUCUGCAGCCACUCCCCAACCGUCACCCUUCACAUGUGUUUCUCCAGUUGGUCCUUUCCAUCCCGGAGUUCCCCUUUUACCCAUUUCUGGCUCCCAAUAUUUCAAGCAGACGAACUGAACAGCCUCCAUCAGGAUACACUCAGGCUAUACCCCCUGUUCCAUUAAACUCGUUCAGAACUCCAAUGUCAAAUGGAGAUUCUGGGAGACCAAGGAGGUCCAGUGGAAUUGUUGCAGAAGAUGAUGAGUAUAGUGACCAAAGUGAUCAGUAUGGCUAUGGCAUUCAUGAUAACAGCGUUGAACACUCCAGCACUAAGAAGAGAAAGGGAUGACCGCAGAAAAAGACAAAGAUGCAUGGCCAUCAGGGGAAACCUCCGGUUGAGGUGGAUUACGAAUCAAUUUUACAAAGUUUUCUUGAAUCGUUUAAACUCACCGAGGUAGAAUCAUCCAAAAAAACCGACGGUGACAAGGACCUUGUUGGGCGCAUAUUGUUGGCUUAUGAUUUGUUACGAAGAAAAAUGUCCCAAAUUCAAGAGAUGAGUGAUCCAUUUCCAGGAUCUGUCAGGUGCCCGGACCUGAAGGCUGGAACAAUGCUGAUGACAAAAGGGAUCCGCACGAAUCAGACAAAGAGGGUCGGUAAUGUGCCUGGGAUUGAAGUUGAUGACCCCAUUUCUGUAAGCAUAGUAUCAUCUGGAGGGUAUGAUGAUGAAGGGGAUGAUGGGGAGGUGCUAAUUUACUCCGGCCAAGGUGGAGUGCAGAGAAGGUGGUAUGGACAGAUGUUUGGUCAGAAACUCGAAAGGGGAAAUCUUGCAUUGGAGAAGAGUCUUCACUGUUCCAAUGAGGAAGUUUGUGGGCUGCUCUUGAUAGGAACUUUGUGACACGCCACAAGUAAUAUCAGGUACACCCUUCUUCCAGUUUAACUCCUUACCUAUUCAUCAUGACUCCCUCCUUUAAAUCAAUAUUUAUUGGGGUUUGGGAGCUUUGUUGGAUUGGUGGUGUGUUUUAUAUGUUCAUCAUUUGUUAAAGAUUUAGUAGAUUAAUUUAUAUGGAUUUUUAAAAAGAUUUAGUAGACUACUUUUUAUGGUGUUUUAAAAUUGUCAUAAUACAAAGGUUCAUAUUUACUGCCUUAUGUGUUUUGAAUGAAUGUAAUAUAUAAUUACUAAUCAUCAUUCACUAUAAUUUCAUAUAUUACACUACCACAACUAACACAAAAAAAUAAGUUGUAUUACUAAUGGUUUCAAAAUUUCCUUAUUUAGAAUGUUUACAUCGUUUUACUUAAGAUACAUAAGAAAGAAGGUUAUUAAAGCACACAUUAUUUCACACACUGUAGUAAAGGAAUAUCUUUGUCUAACCAAACACAUACAUCAAUGAUGCAAGACUUUAUUUCAAAAACCAAUUUAGUACAAAAUGCAGACUGCUUUUUCUACUCCAUCAAUGGGUUUUCAGGUUUCUGUAUGGGACUGCUUAUUCUUUUUGCUUUUUGGGGUUGGUUUUAGAGUAGACUCUAGAUUGGGUUUUGAGUAUUUGAGUGAGAUUUUGGGUUACUAUUUGGCUCAGGGAAUUGGGGUUUACACUCUGGGAUUUGGUUAUGCUGUUUGGAGUUCGUUUUUUGGGUCUGCAUGCUAAAAUUAGUUUUACAGUUUAUAAUUGGUUUUUUCCUUAUGCUGCUUGGUUAUGCUGCUUGGGACUACAUGUUUUGGGUGAUGUUGUUUGCGGCUGGUUUUUGGGUCGGCAUUACACUUUAUACUUUGAUUUUGGAAUCUCGUCUGCAUGCUAUAAUUCGUUCUAGACCUCAUAUCAUUUCACCUAUUACAAUCAUACUUCAGUAUGUAUGCUAAGUGUCACCAUUCUCCAAGCAUAAUUCAUGUUAUUUGUGGUUAAAAACUGUACUUUACAUGAUUACAGAAAAAAAUGACGCAGAUGUCUAAAAAACACAGAUUUGGUAGGGACUAUAAAAUCAAUGCGGAUGGAAAUUUGGGUAAGUUUUGGGUCAGGGAAUUGGAAUUUACUAUAUGGGAUUAUGUUAUGGUCUUUGGGACUGGUUUUGCCACCUGCAUACUAUAAUUAGUUUUACCCUUUAUAAUUGGUUCUUUGUAAUGAUGUUUGGUUAAGGUGCUUGGGAGUGCAUGUGUAUUGUUAUCCUAUUUGAGCUGGUUUUUAUAAUUGGUUUUUUGGAAUUUGGCCAUCUUGCUAUAAAUCACUAUGUAUGCUAAGUAUCACCACCCUCCAAGGGUAGUUCAUGUCG